GUGGCGGGAUGAGGGGUGGUAUGCUGGCUGCGCCGCCACCCAGCCUAGUGCCCUCGCCUCCCCGGGCCGGCAUGGCCUUGUCCUUCGGGGCGGGACCCUGCGCUCCCGUCCCCCAGUGGUGGCCGGGACCCCCGACGCCGAGCAGCGCCGUAUCUGGGGAGCGCCGCCCGGUACGCAGGGAAGAGGCACUCAGGGCUGCGCGCGCCAGAGUGCAGACCGCCGAGGGCAGAGCCACAGAGCAGGGGGGGCCAGCGAGGGACCGCGGCCGAGGGCGCCAAAGGCGCCCCCUCCAUCGCCAGUGUCCCCUGACUUGCCCUUGGAGCUCCAAGCUCCCAGGCGCCGUUUUCUACUCGUGGGUGCAGGACUUAGUCCCAGAAAAGUUCCGGACCCACCCGCUGCUGCCGCCACCCGGAGACGAAAAGACAAUCCCCGCGCAAGCGCGGCCGACUCCCUCAGCUCCUGCGGCCGCCAUGCUGCGAGCCCCGGCGUCCACGGUACGACGGGAACCAGGAUGCAGCGAGCCCCGAGAGCCAGCCGCCCCGGUGCACGCCGGGACCGGUAGUCCGCGCCUCGGGGUAGUCCGCCGCUCCGGUGCACGCCGGGAUCGGUAGUCCGCGCCCCAGAGGUCAGGCCGUCCCGGUGCACGCCGGAACCGGUAGUCCGCGGUGGCGCGGUCCGCCCCUCACCUGGCCGGCGGCGGGCGCUGAGGGGCCCAAUGGGAGCCGCGGCCUGGCCGCCCCGCCCCGCGCCUCGGGACGUCUGUGCCGGGACAAGGCCGCCGCUAGUGCCGGGUCCUUGAGCAGAGCGCCUCCCGUCCGAGGCCAGCCGCCGCUGCCAGCCGUCCGGCGGGCCGGGUCUGAGGCGUCUCCGGGACGGCGAAGAGCCGCAGCCGCCGCGGAGGAGAAGGAGGCAGCGCAGGAGGCCGGAGCGGCCGCCGCGCCCGAGCACAUGGCGUCCAUCUUACUGAGGAACUGCCGCGGCCGGGCGCCCGCCCGCCUCCCGCCGCCGCCUCGGGUCACCGUCCCGCGGGGUAGUCCAGGGGAUCCUGCUCAUCUCAGCUGUGCCAACACCCUGGGGUUGAGGAGCUGCCUGAAUGUUCCAUUUGGCUGCUGCACUCCCAUCCACCCUGUGUACCCGUCCUCCAGAGGCGAUCACCUCGGCUGUUGGACUCUGAGGCCCGAGUGCCUUCGCACGGUGUCAAGAGCGCCAUGGACCUCUACCUCUGUGGGUUUUGUGGCUGUGGGACCUCGGUGCCUUCCUGUGCGUGGCUGGCACUCUUCACGCCCUGUUGGUGAUGACUCAGUAGUAGAGAAGUCCCUCAAGUCCUUGAAGGACAAGAACAAGAAGCUGGAGGAAGGCGGCCCAGUGUACAGCCCCCCCGCAGAGGUGGUGGUGAAGAAGUCUCUGGGGCAGAGGGUGCUGGACGAGCUGAAGCACUACUACCAUGGCUUCCGCCUGCUAUGGAUCGACACCAAGAUCGCGGCACGCAUGCUCUGGCGCAUCCUCAACGGCCACACCCUGACCCGCCGGGAGCGCAGGCAGUUUCUCCGGAUCUGCGCUGACCUCUUCCGCCUGGUGCCGUUCCUUGUGUUCGUGGUGGUGCCGUUCAUGGAGUUUCUGCUGCCUGUUGCUGUGAAACUCUUCCCCAACAUGUUGCCAUCCACAUUUGAGACUCAGUCACUCAAGGAGGAGAGGCUGAAGAAGGAGCUUCGGGUCAAGCUGGAGCUGGCCAAGUUCCUCCAGGACACCAUUGAGGAGAUGGCCUUGAAGAACAAGGCAGCCAAGGGCAGCGCCACCAAAGACUUCUCUGUGUUUUUCCAGAAGAUCCGGGAGACAGGGGAGAGGCCCAGCAAUGAGGAAAUCAUGCGUUUUUCCAAAUUAUUUGAGGACGAGCUGACCCUGGACAACCUGACACGGCCACAGCUGGUGGCCCUGUGCAAGCUGCUGGAGCUACAGUCCAUCGGCACCAACAACUUCCUGCGCUUCCAGCUUACCAUGCGGCUGCGCUCCAUAAAGGCAGACGACAAGCUGAUUGCUGAGGAAGGGGUGGACAGCCUGAAUGUCAAGGAGCUGCAGGCAGCGUGUCGGGCACGAGGCAUGCGCGCCCUGGGCGUCACGGAAGACCGCCUGAGGGGUCAGCUGAAGCAGUGGCUGGACCUGCAUCUGCAUCAGGAGAUCCCCACAUCGCUGCUCAUCCUGUCCCGGGCCAUGUACCUCCCGGACACACUCUCUCCAGCCGACCAGCUCAAGUCCACACUGCAGACCCUCCCAGACAUUGUUGCAAAGGAAGCGCAGGUGAAAGCGGCCGAGGUGGAGGGUGAGCAGGUGGACAACAAGGCCAAACUGGAGGCCACGCUGCAGGAGGAGGCGGCCAUCCAGCAGGAGCACCGUGAGAAGGAGCUGCAGAAGCGCUCGGAGGCGGCGAAGGAUGUUGAGCCCGAACGUGUGGUAGCUGCUCCCCAAAGGCCAGGGACCGAGCCACAGCCAGAAAUGCCUGACACAGUCCUGCAGUCAGAGACCUUGAAGGACACUGCCCCUGUGCUGGAGGGCUUGAAGGAGGAAGAGAUCACUAAGGAGGAAAUCGACAUCCUCAGUGAUGCCUGCUCUAAGCUGCAGGAACAGAAGAAGUCGCUCACCAAGGAGAAGGAGGAGCUGGAGCUGCUGAAGGAGGACGUGCAGGACUACAGCGAGGACUUGCAGGAGAUCAAGAAGGAACUUUCAAAGACUGGUGAAGAAAAAUACGUGGAAGAAUCUAAAGCCAGCAAGAGAUUGACAAAAAGGGUGCAGCAGAUGAUCGGACAGAUCGACGGCUUGAUCUCGCAGCUGGAGAUGGACCAGCAGGCUGGCAAGCUGGCCCCGGCCAAUGGCAUGCCCACGGGGGAGAACGUCAUCAGUGUCGCUGAGCUCAUCAACGCCAUGAAGCAAGUCAAGCACAUUCCCGAAAGCAAGCUCACCAGCCUGGCCGCAGCACUGGAUGAAAACAAGGAUGGCAAGGUCAACAUCGACGACCUCGUCAAGGUGAUUGAGCUGGUGGACAAAGAAGAUGUUCACAUCUCCACCAGCCAGGUGGCCGAGAUUGUAGCAACACUGGAAAAAGAGGAGAAGGUGGAGGAGAAGGAGAAGGCCAAAGAGAAGGCGGAGAAGGAGGUCGCAGAGGUGAAGAGCUAGAACCACCGGCCUGGGCACCUGUCCUCCUGCUGUGCCACCACCCUGGCAAGGGCCAUGAGGGCGAUUGCUUUGUGGUGAUUCUUAGUAGCUCAUCUAAUAUUUUGGCUGGAAUAAAUCAGAGACUUCCAUAAUCAAGUAAAUUUUAAUUUUCAUCAUUCCACGGAGAUUCAAUCUGUCUGGAAUCCCGGAACCCCUCCACAGAAUCGUGUCUGGAUCCACACUGUGGUGUGGCUGCCACGGCCUCCUGGCUCCAGAGGCAGCUGGGCCGGGCCAAGGCAGGAAGCGCCCCCCCUACCCCCCACGUGUGGCCUUGAGUCUCAGCGUCUGACUGUGCUGCCCUGUCCCCAGGGAAGAGAAUAAGGACCACGUGGACUCUGCCCACACAGAGCUGGCUGCUGUGCCCACCCCCAGGGGCGUCAGGAGACACAGCCUGGCCUCCUCAAGGCUGAAGAUGCCUCCAUUCGCCUGUGGACCUGGAUUUCUCGAUUUCAGUGUCAAUAGACCUGUCUUCCUGCACACUUUCAGUUGGAUCUGGGUCACUGGAGACAGAGGUGUCUGCCAUCUCUGUGGCCUCUGGAGAGUGACGUCCUCCUGCUGGGAGUGCUGGUUCUCACGUGCGGUUUUCCUUGUGUAUCGGAGCUCUUUCUUGGCUAUUUCCCCCAGUUCUUUAAGCAGUCAGUUGGCACAGAGUUUCCCACGCUGGUCUGCCUGCCCCAAGAGCCGUGCGACUCCGACGCAGCCCUGGCCAUGGGGCUCCCUUGGGUGGUGCUUGGGCUGCGUGCCACGGGGGCUGCAGUGGAUUCACUGUGUCAGGGAUGAGCCUGGCUCGGGGGUUGGUGGGGCUCUGAAGCGCAUUUGGGGUUCUUUGUAGCUUCUAAUGUGAGGUUUGAGUCCAGUGCACCCACAGCAGCAUGCCCUCCUCAUGCCCUCCUCACUCCUUACGGUGUUGCAGGCUCAGGCCCCUGGGCUCCUUUAGCAAGCAGGCUGGUCAACAAGGCACGAGGAUCCGGCACAGGGCAUUCCCUGGGGCUUCAAGGGCAAUACCCCCAGUGCUUAGGGUUUGCCCUGUGCCCUCUGGGUGGGGCGGCCUCCCCGCAUUCGGCACUCGGCAGCAUGGUCAGGCUGGCCAGGGUGUGGGCAGGUGGUGUCCUGUGGCACCUCCACCCUCCUGCCCAGCCGGCUGUGUCACACUCAUCUUUUUUUUUUUUUUUUUUGAGACGGAGUCUCGCUUUGUCGCCCAGGCUGGAGUGCAGUGGCAUGAUCUCGGCUCACUGCAAGCUCCGCCUCACAGAUUCACACCAUUCUCCUGCCUCAGCCUCCCAAGUAGCUGGGACUACAGGCGCCCGCCACCACGCCCGGCUAAUUUUUUGUAUUUUUAGUAGAGACAGAGUUUCAGCGCGUUAGCCAGAAUGGUCUCGAUCUCCUGACCUCGUGAUCUGCCCGCCUCGGCCUCCCAAAGUGCUGGGAUUACAGGUGUGAGCCACCGUGCCCGGCCCACACUCAUCUUUUUAAGGUCAGGUUGGUUCCUGGCAAAAAUGUCCCUCUGGGGGCCUCCAAGCAUAGGAUUUGGAAGACAGGAACGGCACAGGCAGCCAGGAAAGCAGCUGCGCUCAGACGAUGCCUUCUCCAUUACUUGAAGCUUCUUUCUGUUCAGCCAUUAAAGAAACUUGACAAAAUAGGAACAGGAGAUAUUUCUCAAUUAUAAACCUUCGUGCAGGGACAGUUGGCUUCCAGAGGCUUUCAGAUUUCAGUUAAUUGAGAAGUUUGUUUUAGAUCCUUAACUAAUAUUUAUGAAUUCUCUCACCCUGUGUAAGUAGCCUGGUGUUCGUUUGUCCAAGUGUACUUACCCUUGAGAACAAGGCUUGCAGUUGCCAGGUGUGUGCAGACGCCUCUCCUGUGAGCCGCAUCCCGGGCCCAUUCAGCUGCCCCGGCUCUCGUCCCCGUCCUCACUGCCUUGGCUGAGCGCUGUUGACGUGAACAGCCGCUGCCACAGGCAGCCCGUCCCACUGUCCCCUCUGCCCUGGACUCCGCGUGGCCUCAGAAAGCCGGCUUGCCCUCCGGGUGCCGCAGGGGCUUGGCAGGUGGGGAAGGCUCUGCCUUUGGUGGCUUCCGCGACAUCAGCCGUGCUCUGAUGCAGGCUUGCUCCCUCGUCAUCCUCCCUCAUUGUUCUGUGUGCAUUUUUCUCUAUGUCCUGACCUUUCUUCUUGCACCUAAAAGUGCUGUCUGGGUGCAAAUGUAAGCAGUGGUGGAUCCAGAAAUAAGAGCUUUGUGUAAUAAGCUUCGUAAAACAGUCCUUUCUUACACCUGCCCAGUGCCAGACCCCCGGUCUUGGCCUUUUUCAGGAGCUGGGAUAUCUGCGCCUGGUGAAAAUGAAACGAAUUCCUGAUCUAGGAAUUCAGUAUUUCCUCCUCACUCCAGCUAAGCACUCAGUUUUUUGUUUUUUGUUUUUUUGAUACGGAGUCUUGCACUGUCACCUGGGCUGGAGUGCAGUGGUGCGAUCUCGGCUCACUGCGACCUCCACCUCCCGGGUUCAAGCGAUUCUUCUGCCUCAGCCUCCUGAGUAAUUGGGAUUAUAGGCAUGCACCACCAUGCCCAGCCUUUUUUUUUUUUUUUUUUUGAGACAGAGUCUCGCUCUGUCACCCAGGCUGGAGUGCAAUGGCGCAAUCUUGGCUUACUGCAAGCUCCGCCUCCUGGGUUCACACCAUUCUCCUGCCUCAGCCUCCCGAGUAGCCGGGACUACAGGCGCCCGCCACCACACCUGGCUAAUUUUUUUUGUAUUUUUAUUAGAGACAGUGUUUCACCGUGUUAGCCAGGAUGGUCUCGAUCUCCUGACCUCGUGAUCUGCUCAUCUCAGCCUCCCAAAGUGCUGGGAUUACGGGCAAGUUUUUAUUAGAGACGGGGUUUCGUCAUGUUGGUCAGGCUGGUCUUGAACUCCUGACCUCAGGUGAGCCACCCGCCUCAGCCUCCCAAAGUGCUGGGAUUACAGGCGUGAGCCACCGUGCCCAGCCUAAACUCUCAGUUCUAACGUAGGGAUUCAGGAAUUGGGCAUAUGGCUUUCAGACUCCUUUUGCAAUGUCACAAUCCAGACUUUUUUUUUUAAUGAAGAACACCCCGCAGUGGCUCGCAGUGGGUCCCGGUGCUGACAGGAACGUGCUGGGGAGCAGGCUCUGUCUUUGUUCGCAGUGGGUCCUGGUGCUGGCAGGAGUGUGCUGGGGAGCAGGCUCUGUCUUUGUUCGCAGUGGGUCCCGGUGCUGACAGGAACGUGCUGGGGAGCAGGCUCUGUCUUUGUUCGAAGUGGGUCCUGGUGCUGGCAGGAGUGUGCUGGCGAGCCGGCUCUGUCUUUGUGCAUCCUUCAGGGGUCCUAGGGCUGACUCCACCGGACAGCCCGUCCUGGGCUGUGUUAAGCACCUUUUGUAGAAUUCGUAUUUUUAUUAAAACAUCAAAUCUGUGUUCCUGUAA